UUUUACCUUAGGGUGGAGCACCAGGUUAAUGAUUUAUAUCCGCCAGGUCGAUCUUUAUGCCAGAACACACACAGAUCAGGAGGGAGUGAGAGCUUGAGGUAUCAGUGUCAUGCUGCUUUAGUAAAGCUGAAUCUCAUCAGGCCAAUGGAAGCCCAACUCAAGAAGCUCAGACAAAUGCUGGAGAAAGAAUGCCAGCUCAACCAGGAACUCAAGAACCAGAACCAGGAUCUGAAGAAACAGCUUGAACAUAAAGAGAAGCAUUUACAUGUGCUGCAGGAGCGAUUAGAUCAGCUUGAUUGUUCAACUCAACGAACCAGUAAUGAGUUGCCUAAGGUUUGGCAGGGUCGGGCAGCUGUUAUGGCCCCUGAGCAAGUACCUGAAGUCCUGGAUAUCACUGCCAACAGAGUUCAAAAAACAUCCAGUGAGACAUCUCAGAUCGUGAAGGCCAUUGGGAAGAAUGACUUUCUUCGUCGUCUGGAUGAGGAACAGAUCAGUAUGAUGGUGGAUCUGAUGAAGGUUCUGGACUGCCGUGCGGGUGAUGAAAUUAUCAAAGAGGGCACCGAGGGAGACAGCAUGUAUAUUGUUGCUGCGGGUGAGCUGAAGGUUACUCAGGCUGGACGUGAUUUGCGUAUUUUGAGCCCUGGAGAUAUGUUCGGGGAACUGGCCAUUCUAUACAACUGCAAACGAACAGCAUCUGUCAAAGCCAUCUCUGCGGUAAAGUUAUGGUGUAUUGAGAGACAAACAUAUCGAAGCAUCAUGACCAACAAAUCCAAGAUGAAACGAGAGCAGCUCAUGGGCUUCCUGAAAACGGCUCGCACUUUGAAGGCCUUGAAUGAUGUGCAGUUGUCAAAAAUCAUCGAUUCCAUGGAAGAAGUGAGAUUUCAGGACAAUGAAGUGAUUGUCAGAGAAGGAGCAGAGGGCAAUACCUUCUAUAUCAUUCUCAAAGGAGAGGUGUUAGUGACGAAAAAAGUCAACGGCCAGCAGAAAACCAUCCGUAAAAUGGGCCAAGGGGAACACUUUGGAGAACUGGCUCUCAUACGAGAGAUCCUCAGGACAGCCACAUGCACGGCUGUGGGAGUCGUCAUUUGCUUUUCAAUCGAUAAAGAGGUUUUUGAGGAGACCAUUCCUUUUGAAAGCCUUGAGCUCCAUGAUGAUGCUAAUGUCUCAGAGAUUGAUGAAAAGCCAGAGAAAGCUCGGCCGGAAACAUCUCUAAAGCUGAAAGAUCUCGUCCCUGUUCUGUACCAGGAGGGAAGUUAUCAAGGAGAUCCCGUCACUCUUGGAAUCGGUGGUUUUGGAAAAGUGGAGCUGGUAACCACCCUGGAGCACAGAAAGUACUUCGCUAUGAAGAGGAUCAGUAAACAGCAUGUUGUUGCAAAGAAGCAAGAAGCGCACAUCCUGCUGGAAAAGAAAAUUCUCCAGGCUAUCCGAUGUGAUUUCAUUGUCAGGCUGCAUGCUGCCUUCAAAGAUUCACGCUACGUCUACAUGAUAAUGGAGUUUUGUCCUGGUGGGGAAAUCUGGACCAAACUGAAAGAAGUAGGACGCUUUGAGGAGAAAAUCGCUGUGUUCAUAACAGCGUGUGUGGUUGAAGCCUAUGCAUACCUCCAUAACAAAGGGAUCCUGUACCGAGACCUGAAACCAGAAAACCUCAUGCUGGACUCUAAAGGAUAUGUGAAACUGGUUGAUUUUGGUUUUGCGAAAGAGCUUUCUCGGGGUGAAAAGACAUACUCGUUUUGCGGCACACCUGAGUAUAUCUCUCCAGAGAUCAUUCAGAACCAGGGCCAUGACAUCGCUGCUGACUUCUGGUCGCUUGGUGUUCUAAUCUAUGAGCUACUUGUGGGCAGCCCACCCUUCUCCAGUUCAGAGCCGCAAAAGAUCUAUGCCAAAAUCUUGGAUGGAGUGCUGAAUUUCCCUUCAUAUAUGGGUGAAGGUGCCAAAUCUAUCAUCAGUAAACUGUGCAGGCUACGUCCUGGACAGCGUUUGGGCAACACGAAAAAUGGAAUCAAAGAUGUGCGACAUCACAGGUGGUUUAACAGCAUUAACUGGCAUAAAUUAAGAAUGGGGCAGCUGGAGGCACCGACGGUUCGGCUCAUAAGAAAGGGUCCUUGCUAUAUAAACUUCGACCGCUUUCCUUAUGACAAGACCCAGGCGGAGGAGGAAUUCUCAGACUGGGAUUGUGACUUCUGAACAGCUGCCAAACAGUCUUAAGAUCUCUAACAUAUCUCAAAUUCUCAGGUUAUCUCAUGUUUAACACCCAUACCAGCAUAUCUUAAAGGAAGAUAAGAAUUUUCUGACGAUUGGUAUAUGACUGAACUUUAGUAUCUUUGCACAAAGAGAAAGUAAAAAAGCUCUCUACAGGACGUUUGCUGACGAGGUUUUCAAAUGCCCAGUUCAGAUGUAUUGGUUUUAUUCUGAAGUGAUUUCAGACACUGUGAUUUAUAGCUACUAGAGAAAACCAGAGCUAACUUUGCACUAGAAACAGUAAAAAUGAUCAUUAGUUUUCAAUUGAAUGUAAAAAUAAAGGGAUUUGUCUCCAUUGUCGUACACUAUCCCUGAUGUACAUGCACAGGCGAAUCAGUCAGAUUAUAAUGUAAAUUCAUGAUUGACUUGUUUAAUGAGUCAGAUGUUAUACUGUAUAUGAACUGUCUCUAGUAACAGGAUGUCAAGACUUUUAUUUGUAAUUUAUUUUGUAAUUUGUUUGUGUGGCAACCACAAAGCUUUUCGUUUUUAAGUCAAAGGACUGUGAUGCCAUUGUGGUUUUGUACUUAUUGUUGAUGUAUUAUAAUCAGUGAAUAUGUUUAUAUCCAUAUACUUACAUCCACAUUCAUAUCUGCUUGUCUUGUCUUUAACUGUAUUGGACUGUUGAGUCUUGUGAAUGAAUAAUAUGAGGGUUGGUAUUCA